AAAGAAGCUUGGAGACAGAGCCAGUGGUGAUAAUCUCGUGAACUUCUCUUCAUCAUGCAUCCUCCACCAAUGCCCCGACAACACAGCGACAGGUCUUCGCACACUGUUUCGAAAUGGACUACACCCAUCCCUCAAUGUUCACUCCCCCGAUUUGUCUUUGGCUCCCCUCGACGCUCUCCGAGUAGCCGAAAGAUCCUCAUUGAUGCCGACUCCCCUGACACGAGAGCUUUGUCGCUGGCACAAUACCGACUCCUAUCUGCUCGGGUAGCGGUGGGCUUGCAGAAACUGGGCGUCAACCCGAAAGAUCGCGUGCUGUGUGUGACCUCCAAUGCCCUCUGCUAUCCUGCGCUCCUCAUGGGCACCGUGAUGGCCGGCUGUAUCUUCGCUUCAGGACAACCUGCUCUCAACCAGGCCGAAUUCCAUCGUCUCAUCUGCUUUUCGCAACCUUCGGUAAUCUUUGCCAGCCGUGCCACCCUUCCAGUUGCCCUUCAAGCUGCACGUCUAGCCAAUCAUCCCGAUGACCGAAUUUUCGUCUUUGAUGAUGACCUCCUAGACGGCUGCGGCGAGCCAGAAGGUCCAAUCCAGCACUGGCAAACGAUGGUGGCGUCCGAAUGGGAGGGGUCCCGAUUUUGGUACCCCUCUGUCAUUUCUUCCCAGGAGUACAACAGUACAAUUAUGCUUCUUUUUACUUCCGGCACAACUGGUGAGCCCAAGGGGGUGGAACUGUCGCAUCGCAACUACAUCGCUGCAGCGAUGGGAUACAUCCGACGGAUUUCCUCACAUCCAGCUUGGAAGUACAACCCUCGUCAUGGAGGCCCUGAAAACGUCCGUGUGUUGGGUUCUCUUGCGAUCAAUCACAGUGUGGGGCAGCGGUCAUACUGCGCCAUCUUUCCCAGGAUGGGUGUUCCGCUGUACUUGAUGCGACGCAAUGACUUCCGAAGCAUCUGCGAGGCAGUUGAGCGGUUCCAGAUCACGGAUGCAAUCAUUCGGAGCUCUGUUCUUACUUCCAUGGCAAAGAAUGCCUCCGUUUGUCAACAAUACGAUCUGUCAUGCCUCCGUCGUGUCGAGGCGUGUGCUGCGCCAAUGAGCCAGUUCACGAAGUUCAAGCUCGAAGGCAUGGGGAUUGGAUACGUCGCCCGUGCCUGGGGGCUUACAGAAACGGGGACUAUUACUGGGCCCGAUCCCCUGCGCCCGCCAAAGUCCGAGACGGUCGGGCAACUGAACGCCACAUACGAAGGAAAAGUAACUGAUUCCAGCGAUCCCUCGCGGACGUUGAAGACAGGAGAGGUUGGCGACAUCUGGAUCCGCACGCCAGGAUCAACGCGAGGGUACUGGAACAAUCCAGCCGCGACGGAGCAAGUGAUGGGGGCAGGCGGCUGGAUCAGCACAGGAGAUGUAGGAUACGUCGAUGACGAAGGCAAUUGGUAUAUUGUCGACCGUAAAAAGGAUUUGAUCAAGGUUAACGGAAGCCACGUAUCUCCGGUCGAGAUUGAGUCUGUCCUACUACAGCACCCGCACGUCUGUGAUGUUGGGGUUAUCGGAGUCGCAGUAAACGAGGACGAGGGGCCCCGGGCCUACAUCCAGACGUACCCGAAGACCUCCGUGUCCGCCGAGGAGAUCCAUGAGCUCAUCUCGGAGAAGCUACCUCCAUACAAGCGUCUGUCAGGCGGUCUCUCGUUCAUUGAGAAGAUUCCUCGGAACGCGUCCGGCAAGGUGUUGCGCAGUGAGCUUCGGCAACUAGCCAUCUCAGAGCUGGGAGACUAUCUAGGAAACUACCACGGCACGUCCGCUUCCAGUUCCGAAGGGGGAGUGCACCUCUAG